AUGCUCCUCUCUCAAACCCGCUGCAGUGGUGGAAAUGUUUGAUUUGGGGUGGGUCGACUUUGAGGUGACAUUGACGCUAUGUAGAUGAGAGGGGAACAUCCUGUGCAUGUUACGUCCCUGCUCGCUUCAACUCAGACAGCGGCAGGUCCUUUCCCCGUCGUCUCUCCCUUCCUCUCUUUCAGCACCUCUCCUUUAAGGACAGCACCUCGCUCUCAAAGACGCAUUUGUCCAUCUUCCCCCCUGGAGGACCAGAUAUCUGCUCCUUGUCCUCGAAUGCAAAGUCUUCUCCUGGUUUUACUUGAAAGAAAGUAACUUUUUCUAUUGGAUUUGACCCUCUGGGAUAUAAAACAGCUUGUUUCUCGCUGCUGCUGGUCGCUGAGGUGCUGCUGCUGCUGCUGCUCCCAGACGGGCUCCGACCCUUCCACUCAUCUCUGCUUUGCUCCGAGGAUCGAUAAUACGGAACGGAUACGCUGCGAUCUGUCUGGAGCGGUGCUGAAACCACCACCUCUCCACUGAUUCAGGACUAUCCGACAAAGAGCGUCACCAUGGCAACGAACGGGACCAAAGCUUCGGACGGACACGUCCUAACGGAGACGGUGAACGACGCACCGAGCGCCACACCAAACGACAAACCUAAAACACUAGUGGUGAAGGUGCAGAAGACGAAAAAAGAGAUACCCGAGAGAGAAACGUGGGGUGGGAAAUUUGACUUUCUUCUCUCUUGUGUGGGAUAUGCAAUCGGCCUCGGGAAUGUCUGGAGAUUUCCUUACUUGUGUGGGAAGAACGGCGGAGGGGCCUUCUUGAUUCCAUAUUUUUUGACGCUGGUAUUUGCUGGCAUGCCUCUGUUCUUUCUGGAGACGGCUCUUGGCCAGUACACGUCCAUUGGCGGCCUUGGAGUGUGGAAACUGGCGCCAAUGUUCAAAGGUGUGGGUCUUGCUGCUGCCGUCCUGUCCUUUUGGCUCAAUAUAUAUUACAUUGUGAUCAUUUCCUGGGCACUUUACUAUCUGUACAACUCUUUCACUGCAGAGCUGCCGUGGCAGACAUGUGGCAAUUCCUGGAACACCGAUCGCUGCUACACCAACUACAGCAUCACAGACACCAGUAAUCUCACCAGUUCUGUUGUGGAGUUCUGGGAACGUAACAUGCACCAGCUGACCGAUGGUCUGGAGAAGCCCGGGGAGGUCAGGAUUCCUCUGGCUAUCACACUCGCCGUUGCAUGGGUGCUGGUUUAUUUCUGUAUAUGGAAGGGGGUCAGCUGGACUGGCAAAGUGGUUUACUUCUCAGCAACAUACCCCUACUUCAUGCUGUUCAUCCUGUUUUGCCGUGGCAUCACUCUACCUGGUGCCUUUGAUGGAAUACUCUUCUACAUCACACCAAACUUUGAGAAGCUGUGGGAAUCAGAGGUGUGGCUCGAUGCCGCCACACAGAUCUUCUUCUCCUACGGGCUGGGAUUAGGGUCCCUCAUUGCUCUCGGCAGCUACAAUCCCUUCAAUAAUAACGUGUACAGAGAUUCUGUCAUUGUCUGCUGCAUCAACUCCUUCACCAGCAUGUUCGCCGGCUUUGUCAUCUUUUCCAUUGUGGGAUUCAUGGCUCAUGUAACAAAGAGAUCAAUCGCUGAUGUGGCAGCCUCAGGACCUGGUUUGGCAUUUUUGGCGUACCCCGAGGCCGUCACCCAGCUGCCCAUCUCUCCUCUUUGGGCGAUACUCUUCUUCUCCAUGCUGCUGAUGCUGGGAAUCGACAGCCAGUUCUGCACUGUGGAAGGCUUCAUCACCGCUUUGGUUGAUGAAUUUCCUCAUGUUCUGCGGAAGCGUCGAGAGAUCUUCAUCGCCGUCGUCUGCCUUGUUUCUUAUAUAAUUGGCCUGUCCAACAUCACACAGGGUGGCUUGUACGUGUUCAAGCUCUUCGACUACUACUCAGCAAGUGGAAUGUCCCUGCUUUUCCUGGUCUUCUUUGAGUGCAUCUCAGUUUCAUGGUUCUAUGGUGUGAACAAGUUUUAUGACAACAUUGAGGACAUGAUUGGCUACAGACCAUGUUGUUGGUGGAAGAUCUGCUGGCUUGUUCUGACUCCUCUCAUUGUGGCUGGUGUCUUCUUGUUCAGUGCGGUGCAGAUGGUGCCCCUUACUAUGGGUGAUUACGUAUUCCCAGGCUGGGGUCAAGGGGUCGGCUGGUGCAUGGCACUUUCUUCCAUGGUUCUGAUCCCCGGCUACAUGGGCUACAUGUUCCUCACACUUAAAGGCACAUACAAAGAGCGUCUGCGGAUGAUGAUAACACCUCUGGUGCUGACGAAGGCUCAAGAAAACGGUCCGGAUCAGCAGACAGAAAGCCAGAACCAGAACCCUGCCAAUGAGGAAGCAUACAUCUAAAAAAAAGGUUCUGCCUUUUUCUGUGUUUCAACGGCAAGACUGGCGCUCCAGCGUAAUCAAGGUUGGGAACGGCCACUAGACGUCUACGUCUGCUUUUAUUCACCUACCUCCUGGGGACACAUGAGACCAACCUGAUUACGGUUAUUUUUAGGGGGUUUUCUGUUUAUUUUUUUUAAUAACGCAGAGUUAUAAAACUUAAGAAAACAAAAUGAUUCUGCAAAAUUGUUGUGAAAUUAUGAACAUUUUAUGAUGAAAAACAGAAAAAGAAACGAUCCAGGAAGGAAAUAUGAUUUAGGAAAAUACUGUAUUUUAAAUAUAUACAAUUUCAAUCUGAAGGCCCACACGGAUUCAGUAUUGUUAGUUCAAGAGACUAAUUAACAUACUAAACUCAGAUUACUGUACAAAGAAAAAUAUAAAUAAACAUAUUUUAUUUUGUACAUGAAUGCAUGACGGUUAAAGAAGCAGUGUUGCAGGUGAUAAAAGGACAAAGUUUUGUAAAGUGAAAAUCCAUGAAGACAAAUGAAAGCCAAGAGUAAAUGGGAACGUGCAACAGGUAAGGCCAAAUCUGCUGAUCUAACUUCACCCGACUAUCUCUCCCUCCACUAGAAAUGUUUACGGCCCAUGUCGGGGAACGGCAUUAGAAAAAGCACAAGUACAUCACACUUUUUUUAAACCUUUAUUUUUGGGGUGACUGAAACCUGUGACAGCCGCAAAAAUAACUCAUGAAGAAAAACUUAGCAAGAGACUGUUAUUAUUGUUUUCUUGUUUUCUAAAUAACUAUCUCAUUUUAUGGAGUCUGAAUCUUUUUUAAAUCCAUUUUCUAAAUGUGAAUGUGAGAGGGACCAAAUCUAUAGUUUGAACACUUGUGCAAACAUUGGAUUGACUAUGGAUUUCUUUUUUAAAGCACCCUUUUGAUGUAGUGGAGCAAUAAUUUAGGGCAUCAUUCGAAAAGCACAACUUCACUUUGAAAACCACAACAGCUAGUAAUUAACAAAAAGAAGAUACAGGAAUCCCACAUUUACACUCUGCACUUUACAAAUCUGUUUGAGAGUAUGUAUUAAAGCAGAAUAGAUUUUAAUGAGGAAAUGAAGCACAACUUUCCAACAAUAAAAUUCGUUUUGUAAACCAGAACAGCUGCUGUGACUGGUUGGGCUGCGCUGGAGUCAAUAAGGUAGAUUUCUAUUCUAACUGCACUUGUAUCUGUUUAAUGACCCACUCCUCAGGAAACAAAAGUAGAUGUGACCAAACUGUUUAUGAUGCUACCCUGAAGUGUAUGUAGAAAUUAAUACUAAAUUUAGGAAAAAAUGAAGUAAAUCCUAGAAAUUUCUUCCCACAUAUUAAGCAUGCAACAAAACGACGCAAUGUAUAAAAUCUUAGAGUAAAUAGGCACAGAUUGACAUUAAAAAGCUGAUCCAAAUUGUUGCUUCUUGCUAGUGUACACCGUCUGUUGUGGCUGUUUAAGUAGAAGCCAUUGAGUGUUCCACCUCUGUAGCAAGCGCAGCAAUCUAGCAUGGGUUCAGUUGGACGUCAAAGCUGGCAAAGCACUGUUAACGUCAGGAUAACGCCACAGAAAUGGCUCCUUUUUGUGAUGUGGUCUCAAACCUUUCAUUCCAUGUCAGCUUAUAUAUAAUAGACACUGUAUGAAACCAUUUUUGGAGACUAACUUCAUCACAGACAUCCCAGCAUAGAAGGGUCCAGAGAAUUAGCUUCAGUGGCAGCUACAUGCAACAGGAAUCAGGUUGAAUUAGUCCCAUCCCUCCUUCAUCUACAUCUUUUAUUUUUCAAAGAUCUGUGAAAUCAAAUGUGCAAUGACAAAAGCAGUCCAUGAAUUUUGUGUGGUUACCAUACUGCAGUUUCUCUCUUGAAUGAUGUUGUAAACUGGAUUGUGUAAUACAUGUAUCUGUGAAUGUCCGUACAAGCAGUUUUUUCUUUUCUUAUGUCAAAAUGUUGAAUGAAAAAUGUGGUAUUAUUUUCUGUUUUCUGCAAUAAAACUAUCUCAGAAAUUAUGUCACAUAUCUCUCUGCUGAGAAAGAAGAAUAUGAUAACAGAUUAGAGUAAUAUUAAUAAAGAUCAUAUAAUAAAUUAUUAGAUAUGUCUAGUCAGAGGAUAUUGUUUUGUAUAUUUUUAGCUGUUACAUGGGCCUAAUGUAAAAUAUUCUAUGUAAAAAUAUAAUAAAUGUCUUUAGAUGGUGUUCUAUAAAAAAGCAUGAUUGCUAUAUAUGUUCUCUGCAAAAAUAAAGAUCUAUAGAUUAUAA